CUAAGGGUGCUUAUAAGAGUCUUCACUCACCAACUCGUCGCUAUUCCUACUCUUAUGAUCGAAGUAAACAGAUCAACUAUCAUAAUUCCUCCUUCGCAUUUUCAUUUCCUCUCUUCAAUGGUGGAACUUUCCCGCCAAACAAAUUCCUCUGCACCUCCGUUUCCUACUUCGCCAUGAUCAAACCUCAAGCUUCUACAUCUUUCCUUUUCUAUUUCCUCACCCUCUUAUCCCUCUCUUCUCUCCAUCUUCACAAUGACGGAACCCUAACCCUAAUCGAUCAUGCAGCGUCGGAACCCUCACAUUCACGUAGAAAUUACAUCGUUCGGUUCUUUGACUACAAACAUGCCGAUUUUCACCGAAAUUACCUCCGACGUAGCAUCAAAUCCGACGGUUGGGAUUGGAUCGAGCGGCGGAAUCCUGCGGCUAAGUUUCCGACUGAUUUUGGCGUUGUUGAAAUCGAAGAAGCGGUAAAAAUGGGGGUGAUUGAAGAAAUUGAGGGGUUGAGUAGUGUGAAGGAUGUUUUGCCGGAUUUUAGCUACACUAGAACCUUGCUUGAGGAGGAGAUAUUGCAGAGGGAAAGUGAAUUUUGCAAUGUUAAGAAGAAACCUGGAAAGAUCUUUACCAAAAUUUCAUUUGAGGAAAAGGAAGAAGGAGACGGAAGUCAAUGGAGUGUGCUUAGUAAUCAAUCGAUUAGUUGGAGACGGCAUCUUUUAGGAAAGAAUUCUCAAGUAACAUCUCUAUUUGGUGCUGAUGUUCUGUGGGCCAAGGGAUACACUGGUGCUAAAGUAAAGAUGGCCAUAUUUGAUACAGGAAUCAGGGCGAAUCAUCCACAUUUUCGCAACAUUAAGGAGCGGACUAAUUGGACCAAUGAAAAUACCUUAAACGACAAUCUUGGACACGGGACCUUUGUAGCUGGGGUUAUUGCUGGCCAAGAGUCAGAUUGCCUUGGAUUUGCUCCGGAUACUGAAAUUUAUGCUUUUCGUGUAUUUACUGAUGCACAGGUGUCUUACACAUCAUGGUUCCUUGAUGCUUUCAACUAUGCCAUCGCAACUAAUAUGGACGUGCUUAAUCUAAGUAUUGGCGGUCCUGAUCACUUGGAUCUUCCAUUUGUGGAGAAGGUUUGGGAACUAACUGCUAACAACAUAAUUAUGGUAUCUGCUAUCGGUAAUGAUGGACCACUCUACGGGACACUGAACAAUCCAGCUGAUCAAAGCGACGUCAUUGGAGUUGGUGGUAUAGACUACACUGAUCAUAUUGCAUCAUUUUCUUCACGUGGCAUGAGCACAUGGGAGAUUCCACAUGGUUAUGGUCGCGUCAAGCCAGAUGUUGUAGCAUAUGGACGUGACAUUAUGGGAUCAAAAAUUAGUACAGGCUGCAAGACUUUGUCUGGAACUAGUGUUGCAAGUCCAGUGGUAGCAGGGGUUGUGUGCUUGCUAGUUAGUGUCAUCUCGGAGAACAACAGAAAGCGCAUCCUGAAUCCUGCUAGCAUGAAGCAAGCACUGGUUGAAGGAGCUGCCAAGCUUUCUGGUGCUAAUAUGUAUGAACAAGGUGCUGGGAGAGUUGACUUGUUAGAAUCAUAUGAGAUCUUAAAGAAUUAUAAACCACGAGCGAGCAUCUUUCCUAGUGUACUUGACUUCAUGGAUUGUCCUUAUUCAUGGCCAUUUUGUCGACAGCCGCUUUAUGCUGGUGCAAUGCCGGUCAUCUUUAAUGUUACUAUUUUGAACGGUAUGGGUGCGAUUGGUUAUGUUUCCGAGUCACCAACUUGGCAUCCAGUGAAUGAGGAAGGCAAUCUUCUCAGCAUUCGUUUCACUUAUUCUGAGGUUAUUUGGCCGUGGACUGGCUAUUUGGCUCUCCACAUGCAAAUUAAGGAAGAAGGUGCACAGUUUCUUGGAGUAAUAGAAGGUAAUGUAACUAUUAAGGUUUAUAGCCCACCUGCGCAAGGUGAGAAAACAGUAAGAACUAGCACUUCUAUUCUCCGAUUGAGAUUGAAAGUUGUUCCAACUCCUGCAAGAUCCAGAAGGAUCCUAUGGGAUCAAUUUCAUAACAUCAAGUAUCCACCUGGAUAUAUACCUAGAGAUUCUUUGGAUGUCCGCAAUGAUAUCCUGGAUUGGCAUGGGGAUCACCCACACACAAACUUCCAUACUAUGUUUAAUAUGCUAAGUGAUGCCGGAUACUAUGUUGAAAUACUUGGUUCUCCACUGACAUGUUUUGAUGCUCGUCAGUAUGGAACACUCUUGCUUGUUGAUCUUGAAGAAGAGUAUUUUGAAGAAGAGAUAAAUAAGUUGAAGGAAGAUGUCUUGAACACUGGACUGGGUUUAGUUGUGUUUGCUGAGUGGUAUAAUGUUGAAACAAUGGUCAAAAUGAAAUUUUUUGAUGAUAACACUCGGAGUUGGUGGACCCCAGUUACAGGUGGUGCAAAUGUCCCAGCAUUAAAUGAUCUUCUGGCCCCAUUUGGGAUUGCUUUUGGUGAUAAGAUCCUCAAUGGUGAUUUUUCAAUCAAUGGUGAACAAAGUCGGUAUGCAUCAGGAACAAAUAUACUUAGGUUUCCUGCCGGAGGAUACGUUCACAGCUUUUCUUUCGUAGAUAGGUCUGAUGGUAUUGCGGCUCAGAAUGUACUAACAUCUGGUCUGACGAAGGUACAUUCGGCUAUUCUUGGUUUUUUGGAGGCUGGGGAAGGCAGGAUUUCAGUUUAUGGAGAUUCAAACUGUCUUGAUAGUAGCCAUAUGGUUACUAAUUGCUUUUGGCUGCUCAAGAAAAUAUUAGAGUUCACUAGUGGAAACAUCAAAGAUCCGGUGCUUUUCUCAAAAUCUGUCCGACAAGUUUCAUCCAUGAAUGUAGAUCAGCAUUUACCAUAUCGUAGGACGGAUGUGAAUUUCUCAGCUUAUUCUGCUGUCAUUGGGAAAGAACUGAUGUGUAGGACUGACUCCAGGUUUGAAGUAGUUGGAACUAUAGGUUAUAAUAUCCAGAUUAGGGGAAGAAACAGAAAACUGCCUGGUGUUGCCAUCGAUAUGGAGAGAAAUUCAAAUUCCAGUUUUGAUAUUUCUGAUCUACAACUUUUCAGUAAGAUUCCCCAGAAAACAAGCGAUAAACUGAGUAAUAAGUAUUUCGGUUUCUUUAAUACAGAUGAGCUUGACAUGCCCGUGCUGGUUGCUAGCCACUGGCUUGUUCCUGCCAUAAUUGCAGCUUCAGGUUUCCUAGUUUUCUUUAGCUUUUGGCGGAUCCGACAAAAGCGACGGCGACGGAGGAAAGGAUCUAGUUCUGGUAGAUAUUCCAAUGUUUAAUAGUUAUCGGAAAAGUUUUGUAUCAAAAGAAAAACACUUGAAUUUGAGAUAUAGGUAGUUAGGAUCUGUAUUUGAAGGUGAAAUGUAGAAUAGCCUUUUUCCUUCGAUUGCCAAUAUUACGCACACAGUUGCAACUUUGAGAACCACUAGUAAAGAGAUUGUACAAAACAUCGUCAAUUUCUACACAACUUGAGAACAAUUUCAAAAGCCUAAUCCCGAUAGUAAUGUAGGGUUGGCUAACGUUUCAUA